AUGGAGCGGUAUCAGACUCAAAUUCUGACUAGAAUUGAGUAUGACAACGUCAGGCUAGGAAAGAAGCGCAAGAGGUCCAGGAAGGAGAGCUACGCCAUCUACGUGUACAAAGUCCUGAAGCAGGUUCAUCCCGACACCGGCAUUUCUUCAAAGGCGAUGGGCAUCAUGAACUCUUUCGUCAACGACAUCUUUGAGCGCAUCGCCGGUGAGUCUUCUCGUCUCGCUCACUACAACAAGCGCUCCACCAUCACCUCGAGAGAGAUCCAGACCGCCGUGCGUCUCCUGCUGCCCGGUGAACUCGCCAAACACGCCGUGUCUGAGGGAACAAAGGCCGUCACCAAAUACACGAGCUCCAAGUAAAGCCGAGAGUACCCAAUCUGAACCCAAAGGCUCGUUUAAGAGCCACCCACCGUUUCCAGAAAAGAGCUUCUA